CGCCCCUGCGCUCAGCCCCCCGCGGUGCCCCAGGAAGGAGCUAGAAGGAGGGGCUGCAGAUGUGCCAGGGGAGCAGCCUGGGGGCGUCCGAGGGGCUCCAGGGGGCGUCGGGGUCGAGGGAGCUGGCUGUGGGCAGCGUGGCUGGUGAGGUGGAGGAGAGGCGGCCGCCAGGUCCACACGUGUUUCAGGUUUCGGGGAAGUGGUUCAUCACGGCCUUCGUGGAGAACAAGGGCCUCACAGGGGACAGGGUGCUCCCCAUCACGUUCUCCGUCCUGAGCGACACCCACGUGUGGGCCUCCAUGACACACAGGGACCGGGGGUUCUGCUACGACGUGGACGUCGUCCUGGAGAAGACCAACGUGUCCGGCACGUACACUGCCUCGAGGGGCAAGACCCACGUGGACGUGGAGGAGUUGCCCGCGAAGGACCACCUCCUGUUUUACUGCGAAGGGCCGUUCGAAGGGGGAAUGUUCAGAGGAGCCAAGCUCUUGAGUAGAAAUCCCGACGUGAGCCCAGAGGCCCUGGAGGCCUUUAAGAAAUUCGCACAGCGCAAGGGCUUUUCCCCGGAGGACGUCAUCACACCUGAGCAGAUGGAAAGCUGCGAGCCUGCAAGUGACUAGGGGCAGGGGGCACUGAGGCUCCACGGCAGCCCCCGGGCAGCGCCAUCAAGACCCGCCCCCGUUCUCCCCCAGCCCUCCCUCCUCACCCCCCUGCUCCCCG